AUAUUCAUUAUACAUAAAAAAGACGACGCAAUAAACACAUGUUUAAAAAUUAAGAAAUAAACGUAAAUCUAUUGAUGAUUUAAUUUAAAAAAUGUUGUUUAAAAUUUUCUAUAUAUUAUAUUUUUUAAUUUUAUUUAAUGAUAAAAUUAAUGCGAGAAUAUUAACAGAGUGUGAAGCUGCAAAUGAGCUGCGUAAAUCAUCAAUAAUAUCAGAGACAUUUAUCAGACACUGGGUUUGUUUGAUGAAAUUUGAGAGUGGAUUAGAUACACGUUUUAUUAAAACAAAUGGUCCACUGGCAAGUGCUUCAUAUGGUGUGUUUCAAAUAUCAAGUAAAAAUAAUGAAUGGUGCAUCAAAGGAAGAUCUGGUGGUAAAUGUAAUGCAAAGUGUGAAGAUUUUGCAAAUGAUGAUAUUAGUGAUGAUAUUAUUUGUGCCGAAAAAAUACAAUCGCUUGUUGGUUUUAAAUAUUGGGAAAAUUGGAUGAAAAAAUGUAAAACAGGACCACUUCCUGAUUUAAAUAAUUGUCGCAAUCGUAGAUAUUCAAGCUUUAAAUAUCCACUUUGGUUUUUAUAAAACAAUAAAUUUAAACAACAAAAAUAUA